AUGGUAACUGAAAAAUCUUUCUCAAUCAGUUGUCCCACGCUCAUUAGAUUGUUUUUCAUGUCAGGUACAUACCACACAUUCUGGAUCACUGCUGCUUUCCCAUUGUUUAGAAUGACUCUGACAUUUCCCAUACCUUCUGCAAUGAGAUAUUUAUCAUCAGCACGUCUGAUCUUUGUACUCUUCCCAGAGUCAAAAUCAACCAACCAUUUCUUGUUUCCAAUAAGAUGGUUUGAACACCCUGUGCCCAUAUAUCACCAUUUUGAUGAAUUCAUAUCAUCAGAUUCAGAAGCUAACAAUAGCACUGGUUCAUCACCAGACUCUCCUCUGGCUAUAUUUGUUUCUUCUGAUUUCCUUUCUUUAUUUGACCAGCAAUCUUUGGCAUAA